UUAACCACGGUUGUGUAGUCCAGGGUCACAUAAUGAUUUUGAUGUGGCACAUGUUUGGUAUCAGGAUUUAAAAACACAUUCUAGUCUAUUGGAAUUAGAUAUGCACAAUUAAAUAUUACAUAAAUGCAUUAUUUUAAACUUUUUGAAAUAUGCUCAGGUUUAACUAUCGACGUUAGAGAUGCGAUUGCUUUCUAAAAUGCCGGUUGAUGUUUUGGAAAAACGAGAUGCACAUCAAACUAAAUCGACGCGUGACCCGUGUCCCGUGCGCGCGCGCGUCAGUGCGUCAUCCGCGGCGGAACGGAGCGUCGUCGUUUAUUCAAGCGCGAGAGGGAAAACGGAGGCUCGUUCAGAGGAGCACGGAGUCUCGGGAAUGUCCGGGCUAGGUGCGUAAACGGUGUGUCACAUCCGUAACUAGGACAUCAUUAAAUUAGAUUGUGACUAGAUCCUUCAACUGUCGUUGAUUUCAUGGAAUCCCGACCUGCUUUCCUUCAUCCCCCUGGAAAUAAUGAGCCCAAGGCAUGCUGGGAAUCUGAGUCCCAGCACAGAAAGGGAAACCGCUCUCCUGGAACCAGGACAAGGCUUGGAGAGAAUCAUGAGAUUAAAGUACAAGGUAAAGAGCAGGAGGAGAGAUCCCCCUCCAGGGAAAUCGUCGGCCAUGUGAAAACACUAAAACACAAUGCAUUAGCCUCUGAAAUGCUUCCUGCAUCCACAGCUGCAUCAAAAAUACCCACCAUGCACUCUGCGACAACCAAACAGGCCACUACGGGAAUAGCCAGUACGACUGCUACGGCUAAAACUGCGUUGAAAAAAACAACCAAAACAACAACACUUGGAGUGGAGGUCUUAAGUUUAUCCAGCCAACCUGGACCCAGUGGGACAAAACCAAGAUCUCCAAAUGCGAGCCAUGAGAAGAAGCUACAUGCGAGUGCGAAAGCGUUUCCCAGUAACAUGCAAAAAACUGCCUCAGCAUCUCAUAUCAUGGGUUCCAAAGACUCCCCUCAAAAAACUAUUCAAAAAACAUCAUCUGCUUCCCAUAUUGCCUCAACUGACUCUCCCAAGAGUCUCAGCCGGGCUCUCUCGCAUAUUCCUAGAGCUACAUCCAGCCCCAAACUUAAACCGCCCCAUCCUGCGUCUCUCAAGGUGGACAAAACCGAACGGAAUAAAAGAGUCACGAGCAAAGAGGGACUGCUAUCUUCUCCGAAAGAUAAAAAGAUUGACACAUUAGUGGAGAGCAAGCUGCAACUCGGGACGAAAGCAGCUGUAGGGGAGAGUCCUAAGGAGCAAGAGAUAAAGAGCGGGAACGAAAAAGAAGACUUGCUAAGAGAUGAAAUUAAAGAUGCUGUCCUUCAGGGACACUGUCUUGGAGGAAGUGAUGUCAUCUCGAACUCAAAUGUUAGCAAAGAAGCAUCUUCUCUGUUGUUGUUCCAAUGCGAAAAGCUGAAAGAGCCAGAAGACAAGUCUGACGCAUAUGUCAUGACCCAAGAGAGACAAGCAGGAAAGAGUCGGAGGCUCUGGGAAAAGAAGGGAAGGGAGGAAGCAGAGAGCGAGGAGAGGAGGAACGCAGGGGAGAGAAAGGAGGAAGCUGAGACUAAGAAGGUCAAAAUGGUGAAGAAGGAUACUGAAAUGAAUGAAAAGAAUAAGAUUCUGACACCCAGUAACUUGAAGGAUGCAGUGACGAUGACAGUCGAGGCUUUCCCAGUGACCGAGAUGAAGGAUGCAGCACUGCAGGCGGAUCUGCUACCGGUGUAUGUAGACGUCGAGGUCCAGGCGGAUGUGGAGGUCUGCAGUAGAUCCACAGAUACAAGCCCAGUCCACAGUGUUCAACCUUAUCAGUCGAACCCUGAGAUUGACCUCAACUCUAAAGCUGUCUUGCAAAAUGAGCUUAACCCUGACAGCAACUCCGACUCAGAUUGGUUGCCAAAUGUAAACUUAUCGGAUACCAAACCAACAGGAGCCAAGCCUAGAUUUCUAGGUCCACCUCCUUACAAGUCUCCCAACAUCCAGAAACCUCUUCAACACACUUGUGAAAUAGAGAUCGAACUUCGUAGCCAGUCCCUGCAAACUCUUGGUUCGGUUGUGUCGCCCGGGGUGGCGGAGAAGACCUCUGGGGACUCCUCGAAGCUGCUGGACUCUGGGAGAACUGCAGGGGUGGAAGGAGAAAAGGAGGAGAGCGGUGUACCUCAGGAGAUCGUCUGGGAUGAGCAGGGAAUGACGUGGGAAGUCUAUGGGGCAUCGCUGGAUAUGGAGUCCUUGGGAUUUGCCAUCCAGAACCACCUGCAAUGUAAGAUUCGUGAACAAGAGCGGCGUAUCGGCACGCUCCGGAAGUCCAUAUGCCUCUCAGAACAAUCGCCUGGAAAGGGCAGAACAGGAAAGAAGAAGAGGAACGUCUUUAGGUCGCUGUUUGCUGGAUCUAGGUGCUGCUCGAAACCACGACCCAAAGAGGAAGCAGAAAAGUGACUCGUUGUUAUGUAAAUGUGUUUUGUAAAUGUGCUACACUGGAGAAUGUAUAGAAGAUCUAAAUGUGUCUAAAAAUAUGUAGCCUACUGUUGCUUCAUGUAAGUUUUAGACCAGAGGUCACCAGACGUUGUCCUGCAGAGUUUAGCUCCAAUCCAAAUGAAUCAGCUAAUCAUUAGGUAUACUAGAAACUUCCAGGAAGGUUAGUUGGAGCUAAACGCUGAAGUUAAGCUCUGCCCAGGAGCUAGGUUGGUUACCUUUGUUUAACAGCGUGUUCAGAGGUUGAGGGUUCUGAAGUGAAAGCCCAUGGCUUUGUUCCAAACGGCGGGCUUGAUGUGAACUUGGCCUCAUGGCCUACACUUGCUCUUGUCUAUGAAGCACUUGAAACUAGAGUGUCCACUGUGGAGAGGUGCCGCUUUUAGCCAUACUGGUACAGACUGCUACCCAACUGUCACCCAUUCAGGUUUUGGAAGUAUAUUUUAUUCUAUAGACUUCUAAAGAAGAAUGUUUUGAAAAACAUAGGGUUCCAAAAGACGUUGGACCCCAUUGACGUCUACUGCAUGCUGAAAAAGAUAUUUAUUAAAAUGAACUAAUAGAGUUUUGGAUGUAUAUGAUUGCAUUGAACUAUCCUUUUAAGACACAUUUCACAAUUGAACACCAACUUGCAGAGUGAAAACUGCAGUUGUUUACCAAUUUAAGUCAACAUCUAACUUUUUUAAAUGUUGGUAUUUGUUGAGGCCAUGUGAACUAGCUCAUUUAAUGCAUUCACUUAAACAUUAAUCUGUAAAUUGUGAAAUGUUCACUAAUACGUAACUUUUUGUAUUCACAGUAAUAUUUAUAUAUAAACAAAACUGAAUGUCACUAAGGUUAACAUUGCACAAAUUAAGUUUUGUAUUACUUUUCUAAAAAAAAUCCUUUUGUUUGAGAACUGGUUCGACAACAGUUUCUCUAUUACAAUGUUUUUAAGAACCGCGUAGGUUUUCUUGGAACAGUUAAUGACUUUCUAAACGUAAGCAUUGAUCACGUUCGGUCACUGUGGUCACUCACUUGCACACCUGAGCAACUUCAAGCACAGGUAGUUGUUGUUAAGGCUGGUAGAUGUUUAUUCUAUUAAAAAUGAAUGACUUUUGGUUGCUUUAUCACUGCUAAAAUGCUGUCAGUGUUAGAGGUACGUAAUGCUGGGCUGAUAAUCACUGUAGAGCACUUUAAUGGAAUAAAAUAACGUUUUUGAUGUUCUAUA